AUCACGCACUCAUCAAAGACACAUUACAGAACGACUUCAGCGUGACACAGUCGUCCAAAGGCAAAAUCCUCUGGAUGAGAUACGACGGAGAGGCUGUAGUGGACUCCCAGUUCUGUGUGGAGUAUCUGAACCGGAAGUUAAACAUUAACCUAAACAGUCACCUGACAGAAGAACAACGAGCUAUUGCGCAUGCGUUUAGGAAGAUGGCGGAAGAGAACCUGUACUGGUGUAUGGGGAUGGCUAGAAUGGAAAAUCCGGAGUUUAUGACAACUAUGUCCGGAAAUAGGUUCAACAAACUAUUUAUUUGGUAUGGUAUACGCGCGUAUCGGAACCAAAUGAAAGCUCAAGGAAUCGGACGACACUCCCAUGAAGAAAUCCUGCAUAUUAUGGAGGGUGAUUUGAGAUCACUGUCAGUCUACCUAGGAGAUAAGAAGUUCUUUUUCGGCGAUCAACCAUGCGAGACAGAUGCUGCUUUGUUUGGACAGUUGUCGCAGAUUUACUGGCAGUGUCCAGGAAGCAAAGGGGAACAACUCUUGAACGAAAAGUUCACAAAUCUGGUGGAGUAUUGCGAACGAAUGAAGGUGGUAUUUUGGCCGGACUGGGAGGACUGCAUCACUAAAACUGCAACAAAAUGACACGAGAACUUAUUAAAUGGUCCUGAUGAACGUCAGUUGUUAAACUGGAAGUUAAUGAUGGUCCACGUUGCAUGAUCCUAACGUCGUUGUAAUCCUCUAAACAAAGAUGUCAG